ACUCCGUUACGGUUACUUGGAUUUCGAUACGGUCGUGAAUGAAUUCUCCGAGUGAGCCGCAUAUUUACGCGUGUACAAUUCGCAAAAUGUAUUGGUGCCAUUCUUAAAUACACUUUCGUAAAUACAACAAUAAUAACGUGAUAUUUAAGUGAAAUAAUUUGGAUUACCGUCAAAUUUGUGUCGCAAUAAAAUCACGGUAUCAAAGCAGUAAUAAUCAAAGACAUUUAACCAGUAUUGACGUAUAUUCUGAUAUUCGUAUUCAUAUUCAGUUCAUAAGACUAUUACCAUCUAUCAAUAAAAAAUGAGAGGUGAACUCCAUCGGUAACCGUCCGAAUGAACUGCUGUAUCUGACGCGGGGGAAUGGUGUAUUGUCGCGAGCCCUUGCCGCUAACGAUGGACAAUCGUGACGCGAAGACGCGGCUGGUGUGCGCGCUGCUGUUCGUGUUCGUGUGUUGCGGCGAACAAAUCACUGCCGAUUUCGACGUCGGCGGUGGCGGAGUACAAGCUGACAACGAUGACGUUAGAGGCGGUUCGCGCGAGGCGGUAGUUGACAGCAGCAGGAAGCAGAGAGUGCACCACCACAAACGCCAUUUGUCGAGAUCUUCAUCGGCGGUCGACUAUGCCCCGGGGAACGCACUGAUUAACGAGCUCGGAAAUCCGGACAACAUGUUCGUCACCGAGAACGGCACCGUUGUCACGUCACAGAUCGGCGGCACCGCAAUUCUCCCAUGCGCCACCGUAAAACCCGGAACGGCCACGGUGUCUUGGGUCAGACGGAUAGACUAUACAAUUCUAACAAUAGGGACGAGAAGUUAUAGCAGCGACAAAAGGUUUUACGUUGACCACACCAGACAUUUAAAGACAUGGAAUCUAGAAAUAACACCAGUGGAAGCAUCAGAUGCGGGUUUGUACGAAUGUCGUAUAGCCACACAUCCAACAACCAGCAAUUUUGUACAUUUAAAAGUCACAGAGGCCAGAGCGGAAAUCCUCGGCUCACCGGACCUGUAUAUUAUGAGCGGCAGCAGCUUAAGACUGGUGUGCCGGCUACAGGGGUCAACGCAAGCCCCGCUGUUCGUGUUCUGGUACCAUUCCGAUCGGAUGAUCAAUUUUGACACGGAUCGGGGCCUGGUCGUGCACAUCAAUAGCACGGAAAGCGACCUGAUUAUGCCGUACACAAAUACGUCGGACAGCGGCAAUUACACAUGUCAACCACAAAACAUAUCGCCGGCCACGAUUCAUGUGCACGUGCUUCAAUCUGAAGUACCGGCGGCCAUGCAACACGGGGUCCGUAGCUCGACUUCGGGGUCAUUCGCCAUCUCCAACUGUGCUAUGUUUACAAUAAUCUAUAUGCUUUUGCAAAUGUUAAGCUAAAAUGGACUGGAAUUUAGUGGGUCUUAACUACUAUUAUAUACAAUAUAUUAUAUAUUAUAAUUUUCCAUCAUAUUAAUAAUAAUUAUAUAUAUUUUGUCUUCAAUGUAAAUAAUACAAUGGUUACGAUUUAUUAUAUUAUAAUGACUUCGCUAUCAUAUUAUACUAAUCGAUGUGUAAGAAUAUACAAAUAUAGAAAGAAAAAAAAAGGAAAUAAUUAUUAUUAUCAGUUUUUUUGUGUACGUUUAAUAAUAUUAUAUUUUGUCAAAAGGCCAGUGUGAAUUAUUAUAGCUUUUAAGUUUUGUUGAACUUAAUUUUUUCGUGUUGUUAAAUGUAAAGAAAUGUAAAAAAUAUUUAUGUUUAUAGAAGUUUUGUGAACGACUAUUCGUUUCGAUAAAUUCCGAAGAAAUUUUUACUAAAUAUCAAUAAAACAAAGAAAAAGUAAUUUUUCUUUUUUUUAAUCAAUGUGUGUAAUAUAUUAUUUAAUACUGUUUAUAUGUCACUUAUACGUUUGGUACGUAAUCAUAUCACAUAUUUAUUUAAAUAUUAUUGUCACAUGAAUAACAGCCAAUAAGUAUGGUGAGUUACUUGAAAAAAUGAAACAACAAUUUUAAAUAUUUAUUCAACUAUUUUUAAACUUAAAAAUAAUUUUAAUUUAUAUUUCAAUUUAUGAAAUUCUAAUAAAUAAAAUUUAUAUUUUUAUUUAUUGAUCAUACUCCAUAAUAUUGUAAAUUAAAAAUAUUAAUUAAUAUAUCAUAAUAUAAAAAAAAAAAAUUAUUUUUAGAAUUUCAAAUAAGCAGUAAGAUCAGACAAUAUUGCAGUAUUCUCCAUAAAUGUGAAAAAAAAAAAAUAAUCAAUUUACACAGAAUCAAAAACAUUAUUGUUAAAACAUCCGUUGUUAAGUUCAUUAGAUACUGUAUCGUAACUUAAAAGUUAGAACUAUUAUUAAUCAUAAGCAUGAAACUUUAACUUACAUUUAACUGAAGUAAAUUAUUUAACGUAACGGUAAGGCUGUACAUUAUAAUAUUAUUAAUAUUAUGUUUUUAGUUUCAUCAUAAAAGACUGCGAAAUUGUUUUGUUUCAAUACAGUUUUUGACUGGUGGCUAACAAUAAUAUUCCACACAUACCAAACAAAUACAUAGUUUGUUGUCUGAAAAUUGUUCGAAGGGUUUGUAUAUUUCCAUGAUAUCCGUAUGUAAACAGUCUUAAUCAAUUUUGUGUUCAUUUGAUACGGUUUUAAUUAAAUCAUGCUUCCAGUAUCAAAUAUUCAACAUAUUUAUCAAAAUAUUUUUCACACUUUUACAAGAAUUCCACAUACAUUCUCUACACUUCACCUAUAUAGUAUAUAUCUCAAAAAUAUUAUAUCCACUAAAAUAACUCGAUCGAUUCGUUUUUGGUUUGCAGUUCAAUUUUUUCAUCAUGACUAAUUAUAUUCAUAUUUUACGUACAAUAUUUUGAGACAAACACAGUUACUUAGAUAAAAAAAACAGUUUGUCAUUCGACUGCAAUCAUAAUAAUAUUGUAAAUUCAAAAAACUGUAAUGUAUUAUUUGAGUUUGCAUCAUUACAAAAAUCGUAUCAAAUAUUAUUAUUAUUUUUUUUAAUUUAUAAAUUUACCGUUGACUUCAAUACACAUGGUACAAUAUAAUUUAUUUUAAUUUGUAUGUUUGAUACAUUUCAUCAACUAUUGUAUGUACACAUAAAUUACACUCCACGUCGUAUACGUUCAAUUGAUCGUGACACAGGUCUCGAAUAAUAAGUUUCAAUGUUAUUAUUAUUAUUUUUUAGUUAUUAAACAUUUAGCAUUAUUGAAAAUUCUAUCAUUUAUUUUUAUGAUCAUAAAGAUUACGUUGUAUCAGUAUGAAUUUAUUUGAUAACAUUUUCUCGCCUCGAAGAAUAGAUGACAAAUUAUUUAAAAAAAAAUAUUUAAUAUUAUACGACUUUUUACGUACAAAUGAUUAAAUCAUUAUCGAGUUAUCUAGUCAGCUCUCUAGUAAAGCUCCAGUGAGAUAUUAUGUUGCACAGGAAAACGUAUUUAAUGAAUAAUGCACGUCAUGUUAAAAAGAGGGAGCAACGCGUAAAUAAAUAAAGUUUAACGGUAAGGACAUUAUUAAAUUUACCGAUAGUCAAUAUAUUCAUAGAAUAAUUGUCUUGAGUUUAUUUUCAGUCGGAAAGAAUGUAUAAUGAUGUAAAAAUAAAAAUACGCAUCACGGGCAUUAGCUGUAAACGAAAUGUAUACGCGUCGAAUCGAUUGGUUAAGACUUAGGACCUUAACGCACCCCGUGGAAGUCGUUUGAAUAUAUGUUAUCUUUCUUUAGUGGCUGGCAUCCAAAAUAGUUAAAAAAUUAAGAUAAUAUGUAUACAAAACUUCGCAAAGACAAAAAACAGUUUUUUUUAAAAACAUAAUGCGCGUUUAAUAACGCUAAGUGGAGUCGUUAUUCGAUUUUCUGGUUACAAGACGACUAAACAUCGACAACUAAAAUAUACAUUUGCGUGUAAUUUAUCUGUACGUAUAAUAAUAUAUGAAACGCUUCUAUAAUAAUACUGCAAUAUUGUAUAGUAGUUAUUAUUAUAACAAAACGUUGCGCAAACCGACAGUAAAAAAAUGAAAAAAAAUAAUGACUGUAUUUUAUGAUUACUUAAGUCAAAUAAUCUUCCGGGACAGUGUUUCGAUAUUUUUCGGAUACAAUAUACGCGCCUCCGCUUAAACACAGACAUAAACAUGUACGUACUUUUAAACGGUAAAAGAACAAUGUAAUUAUUAAAUGUAAACAUUGUGUUAUAUUAAAAUUUAUUAUUAUUAUUAUUAUUAUAAUCUUAUAAUAUAAUUAUGAUAUGUUUUUUUUUUUUUUAAUUUUCGAUUGUGUGGAAAACAAUGUACAAAUUUCAUUCCAUUGUAAGUAUUAUGUACAAAUAUUUUUUUCUUUUUUUUUAUAUUACAUUACGGGGGAAAAAUUCAUCAAUGUCCGGGUUUUAUUUACUAUUAUUAUUAUUAAUUACCUAUACAUACUACAUGGUUUCAAAAAUAAAAUUUAGUACGGUAAUAUCUUUAUGAGAUACUUUAUGUUAUGCAUGUGUUAUUAUUACUACUUUUUAAUCAAUUAAAGUUUGUUUCAUAGCAGUAAAAAAUAAUCUCGAUGAGAAACUUCAAAAUAUUAUUGCCUUGUGACGUUGGUAAAAAAACAUAAUAUUUUAGCAUAUUUGGUUAUAGCUAAUAAUAUAGCACAACAUAGUGCUGGUUUAGGCCGAUAUAAUCAUUAUAAUAUUAUUUAUUGUAAGCCUGAAAACAUUGUACAUCGAAUCGAGACGGUACUUUUUUAUUUUUGUGUAAAUUAUUACAAUUUUGUUGGAUUUUUAUUUAUAUCAUGUGAAAAUAAAAUAAAUUAUGUUAAAAUGAA